GGGUCGGCAGCGAACGGCCCGGGCGCUGUCGGGGUGGGCAAGUCCCAAGGAACGGGAAGGGGAACACUGCGUUCGAAUAAACUGCCAGUCCCUGAAGAGAAGAAACAAAGCACUGACUACAGCUAACAGGCAAAGGAAGCAGACCUGAGAAAAGAUUAUUUCUGCUUGCAGAUCAUAAACGAGUUUGCAAUGGCAAUGCUCUGGAAAUUCAUGAGAGUAGCUAAGUAUUCUAAAACAGCUUUAUCACCAAAAGUGAAGGUAAGAGGAAUUCCCACCCAUUCAAGGUAUUCUUCAUCCAAGACUGUACCUUCAGAUUUUUCUGCCAACACACCCUGCUCAAAUACUGUGGAACUGUUUGGUAAAGCUUAUCCUCAAGAUGACUACAGCAAUGUCACAGAGAAGAUUCUUUCCAAGGUCGGGAAGAACUUGCACAACACAAAGCAUCACCCUUUGUGGCUAAUCAAGGAGCAGGUGAAGGACCACUUUUACAAACAAUAUAUAGGACGCCGUGGGACUCCCCUGUUUUCUGUCUAUGAUGGUCUUUCUCCAGUGGUUACAGUACAGCAGAAUUUUGAUAGUUUGCUUAUCCCACAAAACCAUGCCAGCAGAAGGAAAGAGGAUAACUACUAUUUGAAUCGUGAUCACAUGCUAAGAGCACAUACAUCAGCUCAUCAGUGGGACUUGAUACACUCUGGCCUAGAUGCCUUUCUGGCAGUGGGAGAUGUCUACCGCCGUGAUACAAUUGAUAACACCCACUACCCAGUCUUCCAUCAGAUGGAAGGAGUUCGGCUCUUCUCCUGUCAUGAGUUGUUCUCAAGCAUUAAAGAUGGCGAAGGCUUACAGUUGUUUGAGCAAGGUCAUCGCACUGCUCACAAGCAAGAGUGUCACACCAUGGAGGCAGUGAGGCUGGUGGAGUUCAACCUGAAGCAAGUGCUCACAAAGCUCAUGACUCACAUCUUUGGUGAUGGACUGCAAGUCAGAUGGGUAGACUGCUACUUCCCGUUUACUCACCCUUCCUUUGAGAUGGAGAUCAACUUCCAGGGAGAAUGGAUGGAGGUCCUGGGCUGUGGGGUCAUGGAGCAACAGCUAGUUAACUCAGCUGGUGCUCAAGAUAAAAUUGGCUGGGCAUUUGGCUUGGGUUUGGAGAGGUUGGCCAUGAUCCUGUAUGAUAUCCCAGACAUCCGACUGUUCUGGAGUGAAGAUGAACGCUUCCUGAAACAGUUUAUUGUGCCUCACAUUUGGCAAAAAAUAGAAUUCCAGCCACUCAGCAGAUACCCACCUUUGAUCAAUGACAUCUCCUUUUGGCUGCCUUCUGAGACCUACUCUAAGAAUGAUUUCUAUGAUUUGGCUCGAACCGUUGGUGGAGACCUGAUAGAAAAGGUUGUCCUAGUGGAUGAAUAUACCCAUCCAAAGACAAAGAAAGUCAGCCAUUGCUACCGUAUCAUUUACCGCCAUCCGGAGAGGACUUUAACACAGGAUGAGGUGCAUCGCAUCCAUCAAGCUAUUGAAGAAUCAGCAGUUCAAGAACUUGGGGUUGAGGGCAGGUUCUAGCAUCGCUGGUCUGAAGCUCUAAUGACAGUUGCUUUUUCCUUUUUAUUUUCCCCUUCUCUUUUUUUGUUUCAAGGUUGGGGGUUACAAGUAAAGAGAGGGGGGUUACGACUGAACCUAGCACAUGGAAAACAAUUGAUAAAUGGGGAAGUGGCAAAACUACCAGGUAAUAAACAUUACUACUGAAAAAUCAUUGACAAAGCGCUGGCGCUUUAUUUUAAGAAAUGAGGAAACAGCAAUAACGUAAGAUUCCCCUCCUGUUACAAUAAGAAAUACACUGCCUGGUGGUUUUCUGUGUUGUUAAUUGGUCCCUGGGUUCCAUUAAACUGUAAAUACUUGGCAUUAUUUCUGUGUUGACAGGAUCUUCUCUCCGUGUAACGAGUGAAGCAAAUCAGAGACACAGAUUAGCUCAGGGAAGAAAUACCCAUCCCUCCCUCUUUUUUUAAAUAAGAAAUGUCAGGUUUUGCUUCAAGAAACCUUCCAAGAAGUUGGCUCUCUUAUCUGGCUAAUGUUGUCAUCUGCUACAGAGGAGCCAGUGUGGCUCUGGGGCCAGGCUUGGCUGUCUUCAAAUGCCAGGUCAUUGGUGGGUCUUUGCUGUUGGAUUCCCCUGAUCCCACAGAGCUGAGCAGAGCUGCUUAGCAAGGCGCUCCAAGCUGUACCAUCUGCCCCAGGUGAGGAGCUCCCUUGUCUCAGUUCUCCACACGUAGGUACCAGUGCAAGAUAAGUCUGUUCCCCUGUCACCAGCAAGGAAUUGAUAUCACACAGGGCAGGAUGUCAGAAAAAAGAAACUCUUCCCUACAAUGCCCUGAAAAGCAGCUGCCUUGAUCUCUCACAGUAUCUUACUUUCCACCAGCAGUGUCUGCUCAGAAAUUUGACCUUUAAGGCAGGAAACCAAACUAAAAUGGGAUCUCCUACUAUUUCAGGCACCAGUCGCUUUACAGGAUGCUUGGCUUUUUCAUUGCAGGUUAUAAUAGAUAAAUUCUGGCAGUGGUAUGAUGCUAGGACCUGUAGAAGUGUUCAAAUGGUCUGAUAAAUACUUGAUGAGCCAUUGCAGAUGCUGAUAUGGAAUAUGGGACCUGUUUUUCCUUGUAAUGGUAUUUCAUACAGUCUUGCAGGUCACAUCUGGUUGCUGUGCAGGCAACAUUCCUUACUUCAGGGAAGAAGGCAGUAAAAGCACUGCAAUAAACAGCAUCUAACACUGAUUUAUACCUUAUCAAGAAACAUCUGUGCAGCAGGCUUGUACUUAACCAUAAGAAGCCAGUUACUAUUGCAGAUGUGACAGAAGCAGAAAGCUCAUUUUAAUUUCAUUACUCAACAUAUUUAGCUGUGUAAACAAAUCCUAAUCUAAAUCACUGUUGUGUUAUCCAAAUAACUUGAUUAUGAAAACAAUGUGCUAGACUUUCUACAAGGCAAAAAGAAUGGGUGCCAUUUACGCAUCAGAAAAACCUACUUGGUUAUUUUUAAACCAUGAUUUACUAAGAUCCAUAAAUAAAGCCUAGUCCAUUUGAUGUU